AUGCUCGGACAACAGAACACCGCCUGCGCCGCCACCCCAAACCAGCCCGCCGGAAACCCGAGUGCGCUUGUCGCCCACACCACCAUCAUAACCCCCUUCCUCCCUUCCAGGGACGCGGCGUGGGCGGCAUUCAUCUCUUCAACACAUUCGGACCCCAGCGAUUAUGAUCACCUUCUCACUCUUCGACGCAUGAUUCUGCCAAUUUGA